CGGGGAGCGCGCGCCGGGCGGAGGCCGAGUGGAGGGGGAGGGGAGGGGGUCCGAGCGGCCCUUAGGCCCUGCCCCUGUCGCCUACUGCGCUCAGAAGGGGCCUCAGGGCCUGCCCCGGGUUGGGGGCGUUGGGGUGCCCUGGAUGGGGGCACCUUUAUCUCUCGUCCUGUCUCCGGGUGCGUGCACCCUCCUCCGUCCUUUCCUCUGUCGCCGCGGACCCUCUCCCCGAGGGCCCCUCCCGUCGCCACCCUGAAGGGUCCCUUCCCAAGCCCUUAGGGACGGCAGAGGACUUGGGGACCAGCAAGCAACCCCCAGGGCACGAGAAGAGCUCUUGUUGUCUGCCCUGCCUCACCCUGCCCCACGCCAGGCCCGGUGGCCCCCAGCUGCAUCAAGUGGAGGCGGAGGAGGAGGCGGAGGAGGGUGGCACCAUGGGCCCGGGCGGUGCCCUCCAUGCCCGGGGGAUGAAGACACUGCUGCCAUGGACAGCCCGUGCCAGCCGCAGCCCCUAAGUCAGGCUCUCCCUCAGUUACCAGGGUCUUCGUCAGAGCCCUUGGAGCCUGAGCCUGGCCGGGCCAGGAUGGGAGUGGAGAGUUACCUGCCCUGUCCCCUGCUCCCCUCCUACCACUGUCCAGGAGUGCCUAGUGAGGCCUCGGCAGGGAGUGGGACCCCCAGAGCCACAGCCACCUCUACCACUGCCAGCCCUCUUCGGGACGGUUUUGGCGGGCAGGAUGGUGGUGAGCUGCGGCCGCUGCAGAGUGAAGGCGCUGCAGCGCUGGUCACCAAGGGGUGCCAGCGAUUGGCAGCCCAGGGCGCACGGCCUGAGGCCCCCAAACGGAAAUGGGCCGAGGAUGGUGGGGAUGCCCCUUCACCCAGCAAACGGCCCUGGGCCAGGCAAGAGAACCAGGAGGCAGAGCGGGAGGGUGGCAUGAGCUGCAGCUGCAGCAGUGGCAGUGGUGAGGCCAGUGCUGGGCUGAUGGAGGAGGCGCUGCCCUCUGCACCCGAGCGCCUGGCCCUGGACUAUAUCGUGCCCUGCAUGCGGUACUACGGCAUCUGCGUCAAGGACAGCUUCCUGGGGGCAGCACUGGGCGGUCGCGUGCUGGCCGAGGUGGAGGCCCUCAAACGGGGUGGGCGCCUGCGAGACGGGCAGCUAGUGAGCCAGAGGGCGAUCCCGCCGCGCAGCAUCCGUGGGGACCAGAUUGCCUGGGUGGAAGGCCAUGAACCAGGCUGUCGAAGCAUUGGUGCCCUCAUGGCCCACGUGGACGCCGUCAUCCGCCACUGCGCAGGGCGGCUGGGCAGCUAUGUCAUCAACGGGCGCACCAAGGCCAUGGUGGCGUGUUACCCAGGCAACGGGCUCGGGUACGUAAGGCACGUUGACAAUCCCCACGGCGAUGGGCGCUGCAUCACCUGUAUCUAUUACCUGAAUCAGAACUGGGACGUUAAGGUGCAUGGCGGCCUGCUGCAGAUCUUCCCUGAGGGCCGGCCCGUGGUAGCCAACAUCGAGCCACUCUUUGACCGGUUGCUCAUUUUCUGGUCUGACCGGCGGAACCCCCACGAGGUGAAGCCAGCCUAUGCCACCAGGUACGCCAUCACUGUCUGGUAUUUUGAUGCCAAGGAGCGGGCAGCAGCCAAAGACAAGUAUCAGCUAGCAUCAGGACAGAAAGGUGUCCAAGUACCUGUAUCACAGCCGCCUACGCCCACCUAGUGGCCAGUCCCAGAGCCGCAUGGCAGACAGCUUAAAUGACUUCAGGAGAGCCCUGGGCCUGUGCUGGCUGCUCCUUCCCUGCCACCGCUGCUGCUUCUGACUUUGCCUCUGUCCUGCCUGGCGUGGAGGGCUCUGUCUGUUGCUGAGGACCAAGGAGGAGAAGAGACCUUUGCUGCCCCAUGAUGGGGGCUGGGGUUGUCACCUGGACAGGGGGCAGCCUUGGAGGCCACCGUUACCAACUGAAGCUGGGGGCCUGGGUCCUACCCUGUCUGGUCAUGACCCCAUUAGGUGUGGAGAGCUGGGAGGAGGCAUUGUCACUUCCCACCAGGAUGCAGGACUUGGGGUUGAGGUGAGUCAUGGCCUCUUGCUGGCAAUGGGGUGGGAGGAGUACCCCCAAGUCCUCUCACUCCUCCAGCCUGGAAUGUGAAGUGACUCCCCAACCCCUUUGGCCAUGGCAGGCACCUUUUGGACUGGGCUGCCACUGCUUGGGCAGAGUAAAAGGUGCCAGGAGGAGCAUGGGUGUGGAAGUCCUGUCAGCCAAGAAAUAAAAGUUUACCUCAGAGCUGCACA